UUUCUCUCCUUCUCGAUUGCAACUCUAUUACAGCACUUGUUUCACUCCUUUGGUUUGACAUAAUAUUCGUGAUACAAUGGCUGCAUUAAUCAGGAGGAUUAUCAGCACAACUAAAGCUCCCGCUGCUAUCGGCCCGUACAGCCAAGCAGUGGUGGCAGAUCGCACCAUGUACAUCUCAGGACAGUUAGGGAUGGAUCCUGCCAGUGGACAGUUAGUGGAAGGGGGUGUUACAGCUCAAACCAGACAGGCUCUUGUGAACAUGGGUGAAAUCCUUAAAGCAGCUGGUGGUGGUUAUGAGAAUGUUGUCAAAACCACGGUGCUCCUAGCUGACAUGAAUGACUUUACCACUGUAAAUGAUGUCUACAAGCAGUUUUUCAGCUCUAACUAUCCAGCCAGAGCUGCCUACCAGGUUGCUGCUCUCCCCAGAGGUGGACUGGUUGAGAUUGAAGCAGUUGCUGUAUUGGGCCCUCUGACUGACGCUUCCUAACAUGUAAUUCUAUGAAAUAAUAAAAACUAGAAAAUGAUGACUGAAAAUUAUACACUAUGUGCCUUGUUUGCAGACCACUCGAGAAAUGAUAAAACGAAAUUCCUGUAGGGCACUAAUCGUUCUAAAUACACAGUAUAUAUAGCAAAUUUGUAGAGCAUUAAGUGAUUUAACAUACUGUAAUUGUCCUAAAGAUGUUUUGGGUCAGCCUGCAGCAGUCAGGCUCUGAACACUUUCUCCUCUCUCAUUAACAUUAAUGAGACGUGUUUGGAGACGACACUGCAUUUUAAAUCCCCUCUGCUCACAUUUCACAUACAAUAGCUGAAAAGUAUCUAAGCUUGUUUGCUCUUAUUGAGUUACACUACUGGCAGCUAUGUUGUCACCAGUCUGAGGAUGGAUGAUCAAAUAUAACUCAAUAAUAAAUGGUUUUAAUUUGCUUAAA